AUGGUAGCUGGGAAACGUAGCCGCCCCGGUAGUGCCCCGGCGGCGGGCUCGGCGCCGGAUGAGGUUGCAGGACCAGGGCCUGGCAGCACAGCGUCAGGAAUUGUGGCCUUGCACCGUAGCAGGAUGUUCGAUUGGAAGCCGUCGGCAGUUGUGGCCAUAGCUCCUUGCCCUGGCGCGCCGCUCUUCGCCGUCGGCUACGAAAGCGGCAGUCUGGAACUCUGGGACAUGCUUCAGCUGGUUUGCAUACAGACCGUGGUGGGGCCCCCCCUGGAGCUGACUUCUCUGGCUUGGGCCCGCGACUCCGUAAGCAGCUCCACCCCCUGGCGCACCUUCGCCGCCUUCCUGGACGGCACCGUAGCGGAGGUGGUGUGGCGGCAGGGCGCAGUGGCGCAUUCCAUGGACUCGUACGGCGGUGUCGUAUGGGCGUUAGCCGCGAGCCCGGCGUCUGUCGUCAAGCCCGGCAGUACGGGAAAUAUACACAUCCUGGAUGCCGUUACAGGUCGCGAGCACCUGCGAAUCACUGCCGCCGCCGUCACCUCACGACCCGUCACCGUCUGGCGGUUGCUGUCCCUGUCUGACGGCACCCUCGUCAGCGGCGACAGCGACGGUGCCGUACAGAUGUGGGACGGCCGUUUCGGCACGCUGCUGCACCGCUUCACACAGCACCGCGCAGACGUCUUAGCGCUGGCGGCGAUGGACGACGGUACGGCAGUCUUUGCCGCCGGCGUGGAUUCCCAGGUCGCGAUGUUCACUCGCGUGGGUGGUGUCGUACACGGUGGCGGCCGCACCAGCCAACCUGAGUCCUGGGUUUACACGCACUACAAGCGGCCACACACGCAUGAUGUACGAGCGUUGGCGUUAUUGGCGCUGCCUGACGGCGACGGCGGGCGGGGUGCCGUACUGCUUAGCGGCGGCGUAGACGCGCAGCUGAUUGCCUACCCCGCCAGGACGUUCCUUCAGGAGCAUCCUCACCGCCUCUGUAAAUGCCCCCAACGACCCAUCUGUCAGGCUUCCGCAGCGUCAGCGGUUGGCGUGAAAGGAGCGGCGACGCCGCCGCCAUCGCGGCUUAUUGUCGCACAGCACGAUUUGCUAGACGUUUGGCAGUUGGCGGCGGCCGCGGCGCCGACGGCGGCGGCGGCGGAGGCGUUCGAGGGAACUCCGCUAGAGCUGCUGGCGGCGCCGCGGCACCUGGCACGAGUGCGGGUUAAGGGCACGCGUAUUGCCGCGGCGUCGCUGUCUCCGUCGGGUGCGUUCGUCGCGUUUACGACACCCGCCGGCACACGGGUAUGCCGCUUGGAGGCGGGCGCUGCGGGGGCCGGCGGCGGCGCGGCCGCAGUGCCUCCGACGUUGACGCGCCUCAAGUUGGCCGCCGCGGCGGCGGCACCCGCGGUGGCCAUUGCCCUCACGGACACGCACCUAGCGCUGGCGUUUCGUGACGGUGGGCUUAUGUCGUACAACCUGUCCGAGGGCACCGUCACGGCGCGGCGGAGUCACGUGGCGCCGUCGCCUGCAGCAGCAGCGGUGCUGGGCGCUCCGUCGUCGCCAGCGCCGCAACCGCAAGAGCAGCAGCAGCAGCAGCAAGCGUGGCGGAGCUAUUGCCCAGCGGCGGCGCAACUGGUGACGUCACCCGACGGGUCGAGCUUAGCGGCGAUUGGCGGUCAAGGCAUCUCGCUGUAUCGCAUGCCAGGUCUGGAACCCUACGGUCGAAUGCUGCGUGCCGACGGAGCGUUCACCGCCGCCGCCUUUAGCCGCGACGGCCGGCUACUCGCCGCCACCACCUCGACAUGUCAGCUCCUUGUCUGGGAGGCAUCCUCUGGCGGCGGCGGCGGCGGCGGCACAGGCGGGAGCGACUGCAACCAGCUCCGUUGGUGCUUAGAUAACGCGGAAGCCAUCAGCGCCGCCAUCUCCCGCCUCCCCGGCGCACCCACCAGCGUCAGCUUCUGCCCUGCUCCCAGCCGACCCGGCGGUGGCGGCGGCGGCGACGGCGCGGUGCCGUACCGUCUGGUCGUCAACAGUCCUGGCGGCAUGGUGCAUUUCGACCUUUCCCGCCGCGUAGCUGAGACGUAUGUUGACAAGCGGAAGGACGACGGCGCCGCCGCCGACGGCAGUAGCCGCCACCGCCGCCGUCGAGGGUAUCUACGUCCCGAUCAGCUGCCCCAACCGGAGGACCGCCCGGAGAGCCGCGGCGGCAACGGCCGGGUGAUCCGCACCGUACACCCCGCGGUGUGGGUCGGCCAUGUGGGACCGGAGGAGUUGCUGCUGCUUGAAAAGCCUUGGGAGGAAGUGCUGGCGGCGCUGCCGCCGCCGCUGCUGACGCAUCGGUACGGCAGCUAG